CUACCAUAUAUAAUGACGCGUUCAAAGCAACUGGGAACUCGGAUAUCUCUGACUUCCGACUUCAGUAUGUUCAAAACAACUGGGAACUUGGAAAUAAACUUGCUCUGACUGGGAAAAAUCGUUUUGAAUGUUCAUCCAACUCGGAAUUCCAACUCAGGAACUCUGGCCUCUUUCUAGAGCUCCGAACUUUCUGACCUGAAGAUCACUGACGUCAUGAUUUCACCUCGUAUUUUUCCGAGUUCCCAGUUGCACUGGUGAGGCCAUGGGAAUAUUCGUAUCAAAUUGUAUUAAUUUUAGGUGAUUAGUCAUCAGUUACAAAGUGGAUAUGAAGCCUGGCUUAAAAUAAUUAUCCUAUCGUGCUGCGUAAAUUCUCCUGCUACGAAAAGUCAAAUCUGACGUUAAUUUGACAAAAGCUGGAUUCCUUCAAACCAUGACCGGUUCUUCGGCUGUCCCCAUAGGAGAAACCUUUGUGGUUCCAGGUAUAACUAUUUUGGGUUCCAUGUAGAACCUUCUGUGGAAAGGAUCUACAUGAAACCCAAAAGGCUUCUUCAAAAGGUUCUCCUCUGGGUAGAGCUGAAGAGCCCUUUUAGAUUCUAGAUAGCACUUUUUUUCUAAGAGUGUAGGGUAAAACCUGUUACCAUAGAGUACCACAGUAUGAGUCAUAAUACCCAUAAAACCUAGCGGUCAAACAGUGAAAUUGUUCCAAUCGCUUUCCCACCAUUCAUAUUUCCCAUAGGGGAUUUUAGAAACACUUAAAAUAAGGGCUGUGUUUCAUUUUAGGCUUACCCUGGCGGGUAAUUAUUUUACACAGUUUUUGUAACUGUGUAAAUCUCUCUAGGACAAGGGGACUUUUAUCAAUAUACUGUAUUUGCAUGUAUUUACCACUGUAUUUGCAUGUAUUUACCACUGUAUUUGCGUGUAUUUAACAAAGGUAAGAAUCUUUGGAUUAUCUAUCUAAUGUUAAUUCAAAUGUAGUAAUGAAUAAAUUGGCUACAUUUCUUUCAAUGGACAAUUCUGUAAACUGUCUUGUGCAAGUUUUAAAUUGACAUAAUACCUGUUAGCAAAGGUGUCAGAUAGAGAUGAUGUGCAGGAGCUUGCAUGGAUUUGUAGUUUUGCAUUAUGUCUACUUUAAUGCUGAUUAGCAUGUUCAAAUAUGAGAGUAAAUAGAGCCGAAUAUAUCGAUAAAAGUCACCUUGUCCGAGACAGAUGUACAUGGUUAUCAAAAUGUAACCCCAGGGUAAGCAUACAGGAAACACUGCCCUGGCCUCAUAGACAACUUUUUAACUACUUACUACUUUUUUUGCUAACCCUAACCAUUUUAGCUAACCCUUCCCCUAACCCUUUAACCUAACUUAACCCUAGCCCAGCUAACAUUAGCCAGCUAGCUAACGUUAGCCACCUAGCUAGAAUUAGUAACAUAUUGUAAUGAAACAGGCAGGGAGCAGGUCUCGAACCCUCGACCUUCUAGCCCGAGGUUCGGCGCAGUCGACUGUGCCGCAAAAGCAUUCUCGUGCGGCAGUGUCGAUUUCCGCGCUUAUAAACCCAGGGUCGUUACACUAUCAUACGUAACACAUAGUACGAAAUGGGUGAUGGAAAUCCACAAAUGAAUAUAUACCAUUUGAGUGUUGUGGAUUUAUGUACAGAAUAAUAUGAAAUGCUAAGAGACCAGAUUGAAUAAAUGAAUGGUGGAAAAACGAUGCUAGGUUUUAUGGGUAUUAUGACACCUCCACUGUGGGGAUCUAUUAACCACUAUGCUAAGUGUGCAAGCAUUAUUGUCUGGUAUUUAUUAUGGCGCAGAAUAAACGCUAAAUGGAAAGGUGCUUGAUAUUUUGGAGAAUAAUGUCGCCUGAGUUUAAGGCAUAUGUGAAAUUGAAACUAAAACGCAGACUGAAAACAGCUGAAACAAUCCAUUCCGUGGAAAGAUCUCCGCGAAUUCGCGGGUUUGACAUCGCUCACCUUUUAAUUAAUAGGUUAUAGAUUAAAAACAAUUAUAGACGACAAAAAUGAUGCUUAGAACGUGCGUGUUCGCUAUGGCUGUAGGUCUAUGCAUUGACAUAACCACAUUUUGCGCCACGGGUUUUGGCGCAUCUAUUUCCAAAACUGGACCAAUAAGUUUAGACGUUUUCGGAAAUCUGGUGGGUCUAUGGGUUGUGGCGGGGAUUCGAUUAGUUAUACUAUUUGGUGUAUCGCUACUCACACUAGGAUCGAUUAAAACUGUAUUGAAGCGCUGGUUAGCAGUGCACUGUUUCCUUGCCCCGGUCUACGAGACCGGGCAACUGAUGCUGCAUGGCAGUUCACCGGAGAGCACGCAUGGAUCGUUGGGGGGUCCAAGUUUGUGGCUAUUGUGUACGGCGGCAGCAGCUGCAGCAGCCCUGUUUUGGGAGAAAACCUUCCCUGACAGCAACGAAGAAAGUAACGGGAAAGAGAAGACACAGAAGGCACGAGUGCUGUUCACGAGAGUCCUCUACUUCUACAGACCAGACACCCUCCUUUUGGUUGGAGCGUUUAUAUUCCUGUCACUGGCUGUCCUCUGUGAAAUGUUCAUCCCAUUCUAUACAGGAAAAGUGAUUGACAUCUUGGCUUCCCAGUACAAGUGGAAUGACUUUCUCACAGCUAUCAUCCUCAUGGGGCUCUACUCUUUGGGAAGCUCAUUCAGUGCAGGCUGUCGAGGAGGCCUCUUCAUGUGUGCCAUCAACAGCUUCACCUCUCGAAUGAAAGUAGAGCUGUUUGGGGCCCUGGUGAAGCAGGAGAUCAGCUUCUUUGAGACCAUCAAGACAGGUGACAUCACGUCCAGGCUGUCCACAGACACCACUAAGAUGGCCCGGGCGGUGGCCCUGAAUGUCAACGUCCUACUGAGGACCCUCAUUAAGAUUGUGGGUAUGCUGUCGCUCAUGAUGAGCCUGUCCUGGAAGCUCACUCUGCUCAUGCUGAUGGAGACGCCCGUCACCGGCCUGCUGCAAGGCGUCUAUGACAACUAUUACCUGAGGCUCACUAAGGAGGUGCAGGACUCCAUGGCCAGGGCGAACGAGGCAGCGGGGGAAACAGUAGCAGGAAUCCGGACCGUGCGAAGCUUUAACACAGAGCGGAGUGAGGCUGGUCAUUAUGACCACAGGUUGAUGGACACCCACAAUCUCAAGACCAGGCGGGACACUGUCAGGGCAGUGUACGUGCUCCUGAGAAGAUUAACAGCGCUGGUAAUGCAGGUGGCCAUGCUGUACUAUGGCAGACUGUUUAUCCAGAGAGGUCAGAUGAGCACUGGGAACCUGGUCUCUUUCAUCCUCUACCAGUCUAACCUGGGAACCAACAUCAGGACUUUGAUUUACAUCUUUGGCGACAUGCUGAACUCGGUGGGGGCGGCUGGUAAGGUGUUUGAGUAUCUGGACAGAGAGCCCCAGGUCAGCACCAAGGGGACCCUCCAACCAGAGACCUUAACUGGACACGUCCACUUCCACAACCUCUCCUUCUCCUACCCCACCCGCCAGGAGCGCAAAGUACUGCAGGGCUUCUCUCUGGAGCUGAGGCCGGGUCAGCUGACUGCUUUGGUGGGGCCGUCAGGAGGGGGGAAGAGCACCUGUGUUAGUCUGCUGGAGAGGUUCUAUCAGCCUCAGCAGGGAGAGAUCCUAUUGGAUGGACAACCACUGCACAGCUACCAGCACCACUACCUACACAGAAAGGUGGCCAUGGUGGGCCAGGAACCUGUUCUGUUCUCUGGGUCCAUCAAGGACAACAUUGCCUACGGCCUGGCAGAUUGCUCUUUGGAGAGGGUGCAGGAAGCUGCUCGCAGAGCCAACGCCCACAGCUUCAUCAGCCAACUGGAGAAGGGUUAUGACUCAGAUGUAGGAGAGCGGGGUGGUCAGAUGUCCGGUGGUGAGAAGCAGCGUAUUGCCAUCGCCAGAGCUCUGAUCAGAGAGCCACAGGUCCUCAUCCUGGACGAGGUCACCAGCGCACUGGACACUGAGAGCGAACACAUGGUGCAGGAGGCCCUGGCUAGCUGCCCCUCCCAGACCCUGCUGGUGAUUGCUCACAGGCUGAAGACCAUCGAGAGGGCAGAUCAGAUCAUUCUGAUUGACCAAGGAACCGUCCUGGAGCAGGGCACUCACCAGGAGUUGAUGGACAGGAAGGGGGGCUACUACAAACUAAGAGAGAGACUCUUCACAGAAGACGACACGUCACAUUGACCAAAGAAAUCCUCCUGUUUGAACUGAUGAAUGGUAUUUUACCACACAGAGCACAAAGUCCCUGGAGGCCAGUCCCUUGUUCAUUACCGAUGUUUAUGGUCGUUUGCCUGGCUGCACCACAACAAGAUGUCAGCAAUUCACCAUCGGAGAACAAUAACACAUAUAUACACAGACCUCAGGUCAGAUAAUGGCAAACAUUUGAUCACCAGAUAUGCAACUAGUACACAUCACCAUGAAAUGGCAGCAGUCAAUCUUCACGUUUUGUGCACCUGCAGCACUAAAUGUUUUACAUUGAAGUUCUUUAGCAGACACACUUAUCCAGAUAGACUUUCAGUAGUGAGUGCAUAAUUUUUUUUUGUACUGGCCCCCCAUGGGAAUCAAACCCACAACCCUAGCUUUGCAAGCACCAUGUCUUACCAACUGAGCCCCACAGGACCCCUGGUGCAGACAUUCAUCAUCGAGUGGUGCAGACGUUCAUCAUCGAGUCAUCCGAAUCGUCAAAUGAAUCAAAGUAUUGAUAAGAAUACGUUUUUUUUGUGUUUUUUUUGUGUGUUUAGGGGCUGCUGCAAUUUGAGCACAGGACAUUUGUGAGACAACAGUCAUGUGGCAACAUUCAUCAACUCAAUUAUUUUCUCACUAGAAGAAGUUUGCAUUGUCAGUGAGACAGAUACAGUAUCCUCUCCUCUCCCGGUCCCUUUAGGUUUGUGACUUAUCAACAACAAUUCACCUACCCACCCUACAGAUACCAACAAGGAGGGAGGGAAAGCACAAAGGGGAAAUACCAGCGGCCAUCUCAUCUCAAGACCUGGCAUCACAAAAUGGCCGACAAUAACUUGAGCUGUAUCUGACAUGGGUGAAGCGAAAAUUGUGUAACCAAUCCGUGCCGAAUCAGUUGACUUAAGUGGAUAAGAGUCUGCUAAAUAACUUACAUUUAAAAAUGUAGUGCUGCAGGUGCACAAAAAGACUGGUAUGACAAUCGACUUUUGCCAUUUCACGGGGAUGUGUACUAGUCGCAGAUCUGGUGAUAAAAUGGUUGCAAUUGCAACCACACCACAUUGGAAAGACCCUUCUGCCUUUGCUUUCACUUUCAAUUUAGUACAAUUCACCAAGCAAAACCAAGCCAAGCCGUGGAUCUUGUGACUGUUAUUGAGGCUUUGAUACGCUAAGCUGCUGUUUUAUUUAACCUUUACUUAACUAGACAAGUCAGUUAAGAACAAAUUCUUAUUUACAAUGACAGCCUAGGAACAGUGGGUUAACUGCCUUGUUCAGGGGCAGAACGACAGAUUUAAUGUAGUGCAAUAAGUACUCUACAUGACCAAAAGUAUGUGGACACCUGAUCGUCGAGCAUCUCAUUCCAAAAUCAUGGACAUUAAUAUGGAGUUGGUCCCCCUUUAGCUGCUAUAACAUACUCCACUCUUCUGGGAAGGCUUUCCACUAGAUGUUGGAACAUUGCUGCAAGGACUUGCUUCCUUUCAGCCAAAAGAGCUACCGUGACGAGAUCCUGAGGCCCAUCGUCGUGCCAUUCAUCUGCCGUCAUCACCUCAUGCUGCAAGGAUCUGUACACAAUUCCUGGAAACUGAAAAUGUCACAGAUCUUCCAUGGUCUACAUACUCACCAGACAUAUCACCCGUUGAGCUUGUUUGGGAUGCUCUGGAUCGACAGUGUAUUCCAUUUCAUGCCAAUAUUUAGCAACUUUACAUAGUCAUUGAAGAGGAGUGGAACAACCUUCCACAGGCCACAAUCAACAGCCUGAUCAACUCUACGCGAAGGAGAUGUGUCACGCUGCAUGAGGAAAAUGGUAGUCACACCAAAUACUGACUGGACUGGCUUUCUGAUCCAGCCCCUAACUUUUCUUUUAAGGUAUCUGUGACCAACAGAUGCAUAUCUGUAAACCAUAGAUUAGGGCCCGAAUGAAUUUAUUUAAAUUGACAGAUUUUCUUAUAUGAACUGUAACAGAUGGUGGCGCCGGAGGGGAUGGCUGCCGUUUUACGGGCUCCUAACCAACUGUGCUAUUUUGUUUGUUUUUUCGCAUUGUUUGUAACUAAUUUUGUACAUAAUGUUGCUGCUACCGUCUCUUAUGACCGAAAACAGCUUCUUGACAUCAGAAUAGUGAUCACUCACCUCAAAUUGGACUAAUAAUUUUUCUUUAAUGAGUCGGACGGGAAGGAUAUAGUCCAAACACCCAUACAGGCCCUCUUCCCCAGCUUUCGCUGGAGAAAGAAACUGAUAUUUUGCGGAAAGAGAUCGGGGUGCAUUGUGUGGAUCAGGCGACGAGUGGCUAAUCUGCCUUUGCCUUCCGUACUGCUAGCUAACGUUCAAGAGGGUGAUGCGUACGGCCCAGUACAUCACCGGGGCCAAGCUUCCUGCCAUCCAGGACCUCUAUACCAGGCGUUGUCAGAGGAAGGCCCUAAAAAUUGUCAAAGACUCCAACCACCCUAGUCAUAGACUGUUCUCUCUACUACUGCACGGCAAGCAGUACCGGUGCACCAAGUCUAGGUCCAAGAGGCUUCUAAACAGCUUCUACUCCCAAGCCAUAAGACUCCUGAACAUCUGAUCAAAUGGUUACCCAGACUAUUUGCAUUGACCCCCCCCCCCCCCCCCCCCCCCGACAUUGACUCUGUACCGGUAACCUUGUAUAUAGCCCCGCUAAUGUUAUUCACUGCUGCUCUUUAAUUCAUUAUUUGUUAUUCUUAUCCAUUACUUUUUUAGGUAUUUUCUUAAGACUGCAUAGUUGGUUAAGGGCUUGUAAGUAAGCAUUUCACUGUAAGGUCUACAAAUACAAUUUGAUUUGAUUUGAACUCUGUAAAAUCUUCGACAUUUUUGCAUGUUGCGUUUAUACUUUUGUAUAAUUUGAAUGUCCCGGAUUUACAUUUACUAUGUUACGUCUAGUCAAUGUAAUGUAACCUAACGUAAAGUAACAUUUAAUACUAAUUGGAGUGGCACAGAUCUUUGUCAAAUAUAAUAAGUUUUGGUCUGAGACCAGGUUGGGACACAAUAGGCUGCAUUAGAUUACAUGUCCAGAAUUAUAGGUCCAAAAUUUUUCCCACAUUCGAUAAAGAUGAGCAAAACAGACUGCAUAAAAUAAAUAAUAUAAAUACUGAGCUACAGUUGAAGUCGGAAGUUUACAUAAACUUUCAACCACUCCACAAAUUUCCUGUUAACAAAAUCGGUUAGGACAUCUACUUUGUGCAUGACACAAGUCAUUUUUCCAACAAUUGUUUACAGACAGAUUAUUUAACUUAUAAUUCCCUGUAUCACAAUUCCAGUGGGUCAGAAGUUUACAUACACUAUAUUGACUGUGCCUUCAAAAAGCUUGGAAAAUUUCAGAAAAUUAUGUGAUGGCUUUAGAAACUUCUGAUAGGCUAAUGACAUAAUUUGAGUCAAUUGGAGGUGUACCUGUGGAUGUAUUUCAAGGCCUACCUUCAAACUCAGUGCCUCUUUGCUUGACAUAAUGGGAAAAUCAAAAUAAAUUAGCGAAGACCUCAGAAAAAAAAUUGUAGACCUCCACAAGUCUGGUUCAUCCUUGGGAGCAAAUUCCAAACGCCUGAAGGUACCACGCUCAUCUGUACAAACAAUAGUACGCAAGUAUAAACACCAUGGGACCACGCAGCCAUCAUACCGCUCAGGAAGGAGACGCGUUCUGUCUCCUAGAGAUGAACGUACUUUGGUGCGAAAAGUGCAAAUCAAUCCCAGAACAAUAGCAAAGGACCUUCUGAUGAUGCUGGUGGAAACAGGUGCAGAAGUUUCUAUAUCCACAGUAAAACAAGUCCUAUAUCGACAUAACCUGAAAGGCAGCUCAGCAAGGAAGAAGCCACUGCUCCAAAAACCACCACAAAAAAAGCCAGACUACGGUUUGCAACUGCACAUGGGGGACAAAGAUCGUACUUUUUGGAGAAAUGUCCUCUGGUCUGAUGAAACAAAAAUAGAACUGUUUGGCCAUAAUGACCAUCGUUAUGUUUGGAGGAAAAAUGGGGGAGGCCAUCCCAACCGUGAAGCACUGGGGUAGCAGCAUCAUGUUGUGGGGGUGCUUUACUGUAGGGGGGACUGGUGCACUUCACAAAAUAGAUGGCAUCAUGAGGGAGGAAAAUUAUGUGGAUAUAUUGAAACAACAUCUCAAGACAUCAGUCAGGAAGUUAAAGCUUGGUCGCAAAUGGGUCUUCCAAAUGGACAAUGACCCCAAGCAUGCUUCCAAAGUUGUGGCAAAAUUGCUUAAGGACAACAAAGUCAAGAUAUUGGAGUGGCCAUCAGAAAGUCCUGACCUCAAUCCCAUAGAAAAUUUGCUGGCAGAACUGAAAAAGCGUGUGCGAGCAAGGAGGCCUACAAACCUGACUCAGCUACACCAGCUCUGUCAGGAGGAAUGGGCCAAAAUUCACCCAACUUAUUGUCGGAAGCUUGUGGAAGGCUACCCGAAACGUUUGACCCAAGUUAAACAAUUUAAAGGCAAUGCUACCAAAUACUAAUUGAGUGUAUGUAAACUUCUGACCAGCUGGGAAUGUGAUGAACAAAAUCAAAGCUGAAAUAAAUCAUUAUCUGUACUAUUAUUCUGACAUUUCACAUUCUUAAAAAUAAAGUGGUGAUCCUGACUGACCUAAGGGAAUUUUUAGGAAUUGGCAGGUGCUAGGAGAAGUGGCUAGGGGGAGAAAUGGAACCGAGCCUGUGUCCCAUACCAACACACUGACUGCCUACGCUACUCCCUUGGACCUCUGUGUAGUCUUGCUUUGUAUGACUUUGUUUUGGCGUUCUCAUUUGCCUAGUUGACACACACUACCUUUUCAUCAAGGUCUAUGUAUGUUUUCAUCAAGCUCUAUGUAUAUUUGCCUAGUUCACACACAUUAUCUUUUCAUCAAGAGUUUAAAUGUAUUUUUUUAAGGUGUAUGUAAACUUCCGACUGUAUAUUUGUAUGCUCUAUUUUUUUUAUUAUUAUAUUAUUUUAUACUAAUACAAUUGCUCGGAUAAAUAGAUUUUGUUAA